AAAUUUGUCAAUGACAGACUUGUUGACAGAGAUGACGCCGAUUGGAAAGAUGAAGUCCAACAAAAGUUCUUAGAAUGCAAAGAAGACACAUGCGCUGUUCUUGAAGAUGAAAUAGAAAACAGAAUAGAAGAGCUAUUAAAGGACAAAGAACUUUUACAUAGAUAUGGUUCUGAGAAAUUUGACAUAUCUCCACCAGAGAAGAAGAAGAAAGAAAAGAAAGAAAAGAAAGUAGAAGAAGAGAAGAAAGAACCAGAGCCAAUUCCACCGAAGAAGAAAUUUGACAUGUAA